AUGGCUCGGAGGAUGAGCAUCAACGAGCUGGAGGACCAGCUACUUUGUCCCAUCUGCUUGGAGGUCUUCAAGGAGCCCCUGAUGUUGCAGUGUGGGCAUUCAUACUGCAAGUCGUGCGUGGUGUCACUCUCUGGAGAGCUGGAUGGGCAGUUCCUGUGCCCCGUGUGCCGCCAAACGGUGGACUGCAGCGCCUCGCCACCCAACGUCACGCUGGCCCGUGUCAUCGAGGCGCUGCAGAGCUGGGGCGAGGCAGAGCCCACCCCAGAGUCCUGCCCAACACACGACAACCCCCUCAGCCUCUUCUGUGAGGCUGAUCAAGAGGUGAUCUGCGGGCUGUGCGGCACCAUUGGCAACCACCGCCAGCACAAGAUCACCCCCAUCUCUACCGCGUACUGCCGGAUGAAGGAGGAGCUGUCUGUGCUGCUGACCGAUGUCCACCAGUACAAGAGGAACCUGGAUGAACACUACAGCAAGCUCAUCAACAACAAAAGCCGCAUUGCAAACGAGGCGGAUGUCUUCAAGUGGGUGAUCCGGAAAGAGUUCCAGGAGCUGCACAGGUACAUCGAUGAGGAGAAGGCCACCUUCCUGGAGAGCAUCGAGGGGAAGGCAGCCCAGCUCAUCAGCUCCAUUGAGUCCCAGGUCAAGCAGACAUCAGACGCCCUGCAGAGGCUUAAGGAGAUGCAGAGCUUUCUGGAGGAACUCAGCAACGAAAGCCAGCUUGAUUUCAUCCGGAAAUAUGGCUCCUCCCAGUUCAGGUCAGAGCUCCCCAGCUUGCACCCCAGCGAUGGCAUCUUUAGCCCCGUGUCCUUCAAGCCAUGUUUCCACCAAGAUGACAUCAAGAUGACUGUGUGGAAGCGCCUCCUGCGUGCUUUCCUUCUAGCUCCAGAGACACUGAAGCUAGACCCGGUGACGGCGCAUCCCCUCCUGGAGCUCUUCAAGGGCGACACAGUGGUGCAGUGCGGGCUCUACCAGCGCCGGGACAGCAACCCCAAGCGUUUCGACUCCAGCAACUGCAUCCUGACCUGCAAGGGCUUCUCCUGUGGCCAGCACUACUGGGAGGUGAUUGUGGGCACCAGGAACCACUGGCGUGUGGGCAUCAUCAAGGGCACGGUCAGCCGCAAAGGAAAGCUCAGCAAGUCUCCUGAGAACGGCGUGUGGCUCAUCGGCCUGAAGGAAGGGAAGGUCUACGAGGCCUUCAGCACCCCGCGGGCCACCCUGCCACUGACCACCCGGCCUCAGCGCAUCGGCAUCUACCUGCACUAUGAGAAGGGUGAGCUGACCUUCUACAAUGCCGACCACCCUGAUGAGCUCAGCCCCAUCUACACCUUCCAGGCAGAGUUCCAGGGCCAGCUCUACCCCAUCAUGGACCUGUGCUGGCCGGAGCGAGGGCCCUACUCUCCCCCCAUCAUCCUGCCCACGCCC